GGACCUGUUUUAUGCCAGUUCACAUUGAGACUUCAAGAGCGAUGGACUUCGACAACAAAGUUGUUAUUAUAACCGGUGCGAGCGCCGGCAUUGGAGCAGAAACAGCUAUCGCGUUCGCGAAACAUUCCGCAAAAGUUGUUCUCGUUGGAAGAAAUGAAGAAGCCUUAAAUACCAAUGCAAGCAAAUGUGAAGAGGUUAAAGGGAUACAACCGUUAAUCGUCAAAGCUGAGUUAACCAAUGACGAAGAUGUAAAGAGAGUAAUUUCAACGACUAUAGAAAAAUUUGGACGUAUAGAUGUUUUAGUUAACAACGCAGGUGUUGGAAUUUGUGGAAGUAUACGAGAAGGAAUUGAACCAUUUGACCGCGCCAUAAAUACAAACGUACGUCCUGCAUAUUUAUUGACUAGCCUUGCUACGCCAUAUCUUGUGCAAUCUAAAGGAAAUAUCGUCAAUGUCUCUAGUAUAGCAGCAUUUAAACCAAUUAAAGACGUGGAUUUCUUGCCGUACUGCAUGUCGAAGGCAGCCCUCGAUCAAUUCACAAGAUGUCUCGCUUUAGAACUGGGAAAAGAUGGUGUUCGUGUGAACUCUGUCAAUCCUGGCGGUACGAAGACUAACUUUGUGGAAGCUUGUGGUAUAAGUAAAGACGAAAAGGAAGAAUUAUUCAAAGUUCGCGAACAGAGUUUUCCACUUCGUAAAAUGGCGAAAAGUGAAGAGGUCGCUGACCUUAUACUUUAUUUAGCCAGUGAUCGUGCGUCGAGUAUAACUGGUUCUACCUUUGUUAUUGACAACGGUGAAAUGUUACUGUGAUUACGAAAUACUUGAUAACCUCAUGCGAGUUUUAUCAAUUUGUGGAUACUAAAAUAUUAAUUAUACAAGAAUUAUAUUUGUCAAGGUGAAAAUAUCUAUUAGUGAUAACAUUACUUUAUUCAAAGAUUCGCAAUAUUUGUAAAAUAUGUACGUGAGCGAGUCAUUAUACGAAAGAUAAAACGCCUGACAUAAUAAAAAAGCAAAGUCUCA